AUGAUUGGUGAUGAAUGUUCAUCACAAAAAGAUUGUAGUAAAAUUGGUGGAUCUCAAUGUAUCUCUGGAAAUUGUAAAUGUAUUGAAGGUUACCAUCCAGAUUUUGAAACAAUGACUUUUUGUAAACCAAAUCCAAAAUUUAAUGAAAUUUGUUACUCCAAUGGAAUGUCUUUAAAUUGUCAAAGUAAUUUUGUCUGUAAUAAUUAUGGUAAAUGUGGUUGUUUAGAAGGACAAUUUUUAAUGGAAAAUAAAUGUGUUACUGAAUGCCCACAAGGAUAUAUAAAUUCUAAGUAUGAUAAUAUUUAUAAAUGUUUUAAAUUAUCAGAUUUAAAUGAAAAAUGUACAAUUGAUGAUCAAUGUAUUACAGGAUAUUCAUAUUGUAAUGAAAAUAAAAUUUGUGAUUGUAUCGAUGGUACUACUCAAAAUGUUAAUAAAUGUGUAUAUAAAAAAAAAUGUCCAAUUGGAAAUGUAUUAAUUCAAGAUAAUGCUCAUAUUUUAUGUUCAUAUGAAAAAGGUGGAUGUCCAAAGGAUACAUAUUGUCAAAAAGCAUCUGAAUUAGAUGAAUUUGGAUAUUGUUGUCCAAAUUUAGAACCUAAAUGUCCUGUUGGAAAACCACUUAUAGAUACUGAUUGUCGUAGAUGUCCAAAAUCAACACAUUAUUGUUUUUCAUUUAAUGUUGGUUCAACAAAUCAAAGUUUAUGUUGCCCAAGUGAAUGUACAGCAUCUAAACCAAUUAGAUUUGAAGAUAAAUGUUAUUCAUUAUCAGGACAUGGACGUCAAUGUACAAUUGAUCAACAAUGUGCUACUAUCAAAGAUUCUGCCUGCCUGUUAGCUGAUAAUGGGGAUAAAAUAUGCCAAUGCCAAAAUGGAUAUAUUUUAAUUGGAAAUGAAUGUAUUAAAAGAAGUGUUUUGGGAGAGGAUUGUGAAAUAUUAAUGGAUUGUAAAAAAGAUUCAAAUACAAUUUGUCAUGAUGGAGUUUGCCAAUGUCCAAAAGGAUUCAUGCCUGAACCAAUGCCAAAAAAUUGGAAUAUAGAAAAUCCUACAAAAAUUUUUGAAGCAUCUCAUUGUAUCAAAAGACCAUACUGUCCAAGACUUGAAGGUUCAACUCUUUUAACUACUUUUACAGAUUGUUCUGAUGACGAAAAUGAGUGUGGUAAAAAUGAAUUUUGUUAUAAUUAUUGGAAAGAUUUAGGAAAAAAAAUUAACUAUUCUGUUUGUUGCCCAUCACCAAAAAUAAAUGAUUAUAGAGAAAUUUGUAAAAGUUUUGGUAUGAAACUUGUAACUGAUAAUGUAAUAAGAGCUUCACAAACAUUAACAACAAUAAAAUGUAUCCUACCUAUUGUUGAUAUCAAUAUUUAUGAAGAAAAAAAUAAUGGAAGUAUUAGUGAUUACCCACCAGCUGGGUGUCCCAGUAACUCUCAUUGUAUAUUUAAUCCAUUUGGUCCAGAAGAUGAAGGAAUUUGUUGUAAAUUUUAA